UGUUGUCUUGGCGGGCAGUGCGAGCCAGUGAGUUGAGCAUGUGAGACGGGUGCCGAGCGCUCUGACUAUCUCCCGGCCCACGAUGACCCCGCGACCAGGCCACAUGCUGCUCCUUUUGGCCGUCGCUGCGGCCGCCGCCGCCGCCGCCGAGCCGCGACUGGAAAACGAGGCAGCAGAGAACACGCCUGACAACAACGUCGUGUCGUCCCGAUGCAACCCCCCGGAGCUGAGUCUGGCCGGAAACCGCGUCGUCUCGGCCGACUUCACAGUCAUCACCGAGGUGCACUUUUGGGGCGCCAUCGGUCCUCUAGGUGAUCGCAAACUGUGCAAAAUCAAGUGCAUCGAUGGCGGUUGGUUCGGACCGCUUUGCCAAGUCAAGGAUGACGGCAAGUUCCAUCCGCUGCUCAGGAACUGUCACUUCAAGGCCCUUCCGCCGCAGCUGCUGGUGACAUACCAAAACGUCAGCAUUGAGACCGACUCCAAGAAAGUGUUUCCCCACGGGGUCGAAGUGAUGGUUCGCUGCAGAGAAGUCGGCUCCUAUAAACUGCUCGGAGAGUCUGUGCUUGAGUGCCAAAACGGCGUCUGGAGUCAUCCGCUGCCCAUUUGCAUCCCGACCACCACGCUCACCAACUUCUCAGACGAAUCUCCACCCACACUGCUGAUUAAAGUGCCGACCGGAUCAUCAGCUGUAGAGCCGCGUGGUGAAUUGGCAGUUUUUCCUGGAAGUAUCGUCCAUCUUGAGUGUGCUUUUUCCAGGAAAUUGGGCAACCCUGAAUGGACCUGGACGUCCAAAUUCAGAGAGUACAUGACAGGCUGGGCCAUGUCUGCAGAGGAACGUGAUUGGAAGUACCGUCUCUCCAUUUACUACAGCAAGCCCCAAGACUCAGGUGAAUUUACCUGCACCACGCCCAUCGGCACAUCAAACACGAUUGUAAUCAACGUGAAAGCCAUUCACUGCCCCCUCCUGGAGGUGAUUGACCCUCACGUGACUGCCAGGAUCGAGGGCAGCCGCAUGGGCCACACGGCCUCAUUCCAGUGCCCUGUGGGCUUCUUCCUGAACGGCACCUCCAACCUGACUUGCGAAGCGACAGGACACUGGUCGUCUCCGCCGCCAAAGUGUUUGCCCGUGCAGUGUCCGUCAGUGAAUCCAGUGGACCCGCGGUUGGACGUGGUCAACGUGAACAGGAGCUACGGCGGCAGGGUGACCUUCAGCUGCCCUUGGGGCUACAAACUGACGGGACCGCCGAAUCUGGACUGCCUGAGCAACGGUCGGUGGUCGGGUAAGGUGCCGCAAUGCCAGCCGGUACACUGUCCGCCGCCACAGCCGCCACCCAACGGCCGAAUCCUUGAGACGGGUGGACAGGCCCUGUCCGACGGCCGCUACUCGGUUGGAAGCGCUGUCCAGUUUGGCUGCGCUGAGUCGUAUCAGCUGAUGGGAGAGCCCACCAUUGUCUGCACUGAAAGAGGAUUUUGGUCGCACUCGCCUCCCUUCUGCAAGCCGCGCUGCUCGUAUCCAGGUGACCCUGUCAACGGGCACAUCGCGCCCAUCAAGUUCUACUACGAGCCCGGCGACCACGUCAAGGUGACGUGCAACCCCGGCUUCGUGGUGCGAGAGCGGACGGCCACCUCACGGCCCACGUGCCGCCCGGACGGUUCCUGGUCUGAGAAAAUGCCCACCUGCGUCGACUACUCGGAAGUGUAGACGAGGCUUGUUGCCCACUCGACCGCCGACAUUCGUGUUUGUGCGGUCGGAAACUCUGACUUAAGAUGCAUCGCGCUACAAUUUAUUGUAUUUUCUGUUGUGCGAACGCAUUUCUCUCUGUGUGUACUCCUCCAUGCAUGGUUCUUCUCGAUUGUUGUUCAUGUGCAAUAAACUUGUAACGAAGUAUGUUGGUAA